GCCACUCUCUCUCUCUGUCUUCAUUCAUCCAUUUAUCGGCGACGGCAACCACUCCCAACCCAGCCCAUCGUCACCACCGCCAUCAACUACCCCAACCAUCAUCUUGCAUCGUUUCUACCAUAUGGGCAUCAACAAAAAGCAAUUGGAAGGUUGAUUAGGUUGUAGUUCGUAGCAUUGCUGCACUGGAAGCAUUUGCCAGUCUGAAUUGACAAUCAUUGGAUUUUGAAGAUAGUAAAGUAUGCAAGUUCAACGGCUUUCACUCCCAAGUUAUACUCUCUCUCCACCCAAUGUCUCACAAUCAAAGCAACUCUCCACCAAGCUUUUGAGGUUGAAUCCACAUUCCACAUCUGGGUUUUGCAAUUCAGCAAAAGUGAUGUUUAAGUCACCAACAGGUGUAAGAAACCAUGGUGGUUUAGUUGGGGUCAGGUGUGAAGUAGCACAACAAGAAGAUAGAGACGAUGGGUUUUAUAUAAGGAGGUGUGUGGAGCUUGCAAGAAAGGCUAUUGGGCGUACUAGCCCCAAUCCUAUGGUCGGUUGUGUUAUUGUCAAGGAUGGCAAGGUUGUUGGUGAAGGCUUUCACCCUAAAGCUGGCCAACCACAUGCUGAGGUUUUUGCUCUGAGAGAUGCUGGAGAUUUGGCUGAAAAUGCAACAGCUUAUGUGAGCUUGGAGCCAUGUAAUCACUAUGGGAGAACUCCACCAUGCACUGAAGCCCUAAUUAAAGCCAAAGUUAAAAGGGUCGUGGUCGGAAUGGUGGAUCCAAAUCCAAUUGUAGCAUCGAAGGGGUUGGAUAGAUUAAGAGAUGCAGGAAUUGAUGUUAUAACGGGUGUAGAAGAAAAAUUAUGCAAGAGACUAAGUGAGGCUUAUAUCCAUCAUAUGCUAACCGGGAAUCCUUUCGUCACUCUCAGAUACUCUAUCUCAGUCAAUGGACACUUUUUAGAUCAGCUUGGGGAAGGAGUUGCUGAGCUUGGUGGUUACUACUCUCAAUUGUUACAGGAAUAUGAUGCAAUUAUACUUUCUUCUGCCACAGUAACUGAGAACAACUCUCUUCCAGCAUCACAAGAAGCCGGUGCUAAUCAACCGCUCCGGAUUAUAAUAGCGAGUAGUAGUUCUUCAAUCCAAAUCCCAGGACUGACCAUGGAACCAAGCGGUAAGCUAAUAAUAUUUGCAGACAAUGAAACAACGGUAGAACUAGAAAGCACUCAAACAGGUAUUGAAACUGUGGUGUUGGAUCAGAUAAAUUUAAAUGCUAUUACGGAAUACUGCAAAUCUCAAGGAUUCUGUAGUGUUUUGUUGGAUUUAAGGGGAAAUAUAGGUGAUUUUGAAAAGGUUCUCCAAGAUGGUACUGAGCAGAACUUGCAAAAAAUUGUGAUCGAAGUAUUGCCCAUCUGGGAUCAAAGUGGGGGUGGGGAUUUCCCUAUUGCAUUGAAGAGUCUGAGUAAAAGAGUAGAAGUAAAGAAUUUGCAGGCUAAGAGUUCAAAUCAGAAUGUUGUGCUUGAAGGAUAUUUGUAAGGUGAUUGGAACACAAAUUUAGAACUGGGUUGACUCUUCUCAUCUGGAUACGGGAGAGGAGGAUUUUUGACAACAUUGAGGUAGUUUGUAUUUGGGCUACAAUGUACUUCAGUUUUUAUAGAGUUUACGCUGUUACCACUUUUUCUCUAUUGUUUAUAUUGGGGGUUUGCUGUAUGCAAUUUACAUGCUUUGAUAAGUAGGUCCAGGCCAUGGGGCACUUUCAUACAAAAUGAAGGUCACGGAUUUAUUCAUUACGUAUAAGAGUGGCAUCAACUUCUCACA